AUGCCCAAAAACCUGCGUAACGGCAAUUUUCGCGGUCGCGGCGGUCGCAAUUACAGUGGCGAUCGAUUUUACGACAACAGUUCCGACACAGUCAACCAUUCGCACGACGAUCGAACUGAACGUGGUGGUGGUGGCGAAUGGAAUGAUAGAAACAGAAAUGACCGUAACAUGACCAACGUACAGCGGCGUGUUAGCUUCAAGCCCUUCAGCGGGGGCCGUGGUAAGGGCCGCAUAACCGAGAAUCAGAUGCGCGCUCAUUUCAACGACGACGACGAAGCGAUGGGUGGUGAUACAUUCGACAGUGGCAAUCCUCGCGUGCGUAUGAAUAAUCGUAACUUUGAUCGCCAACGACGAAGCGGAUCUCCAAUACCACGUGGAAUGCAUAAUGAUAGGAACCUGCCUAAGAAGCUUAUGAAAGGUUCACAACAGUCCUGGUACGAGAUAAAGAUACCGCACGGACAGAAGUACGAGAAGGACUUUAUCCUUCGUUCAAUUCAGCAAGCGAUCAGUCCGCUAGUAUUCAUUCCGCUGUACUACAAGGCGAACGACUUCUUUGUAUCAUUCUUUGUGGAGGAUUAUAAAGUGGGCAGCGCCAUCCUGCAGACUAGUCGCACUAUUGAAACUCCCGAUGGUCGGCGAUUGACGAUAAACGUGCGCAAUAACCAGCCACCAACACAAAUGAACGAUCAGUUGAAGGCGCGCAUGAAACAAGCAAUGGAAAAACGAUACAAUCCCCAUACGAAGGCGUUAGACUUACACAAGUUCCAUGCCGAUUCCGAUCUGAGUGAUAUAUUCUGUUCAUUAGCGCGUCCGCAGAUUAUGCUGGCGGCUAUGGAUAUUAUCGCGGAACACAUUCCUGCACUGGAGGCGCUCAAUUUGAACGAAAAUAGGCUGUACAUGUUGGAUCACUUGCGGUCCAUGGCUAUGAAGUUGCCUCAUCUGAAAAUUCUACAUUUGGCAAAAAAUCGGAUACCGUACCUUAAUGCGCUGGACAGUCUAAAGAAUUUGAAACUGGUUGAGCUUAAUCUGGAGGACAAUCCGUUGCGGAAGCAGUUCGACGACAAUACGACCUAUAUCAGUGAAGUGCGCAAGCGUUUCCCCAAAGUUAUAAAAUUGGAUAACCUCGAAUUACCACCACCAAUCAGCUUCGAUAUACCGGAAGAUAAUAUUAAACUUCCGGAAGCCAAGGCUUCGUUCCUAUGCGACGCAGCUGGGUCCGAUAUUGUUAGGCAGUUUUUGGAACAAUACUACGCUAUAUACGAUUCCGAUAAUAGGCAACCACUGCUCGAAGCGUACCACGAACAUGUCAUGUUUUCGCAUACCAUAAACACCUCGCAUCAAACCAAUCAACAAAAGAUGGGUGUUUAUAUGAAUGGGCAACGCAACAUUAAGCAAAAAACGGAUCUCGAUUCCCGAUGUCGGCUUUUAAAGCAAGGUAGGCUGCAAGUGGUAUCAUAUCUUUCAUCCCUACCGUCUACCAAACAUGAUCUGCCGACCUUCGCAGUUGACCUAACGCUGUUUACGCCCCACAUGUUGCAGUUAACCGUCAAUGGCACCUUUAAGGAACGUAAGGGAAACGUAAACUCGGAUUUGUUACGAUCAUUUCAACGCACGUUUGUAAUAGUACCGGCAAAUGGUGGCUUCUGCAUACGCAACGAGAUGAUACAUAUCAACAUAGCUACUCGCCUGCAAGAGGAAAAAAGUUUCAAACCUGUAAGCAGUCUAGUAAUGGCGCAACCGGCUACACCCACACCGACCGCCGUCCCUACAAUAGCUACGGCCCCGAUGGUGCCGGACGAUAAUACCAAACUGCAAAUGAUACAAGCGCUAUCCGCCCAAACCAAAAUGACUACCGAAUGGAGCAAAUUGUGUCUGCAGGAAAACAACUGGGAUUAUCAACGGGCGGAGUUUUCUUUCACUGAGUUGCACAAACAGAAUCGAAUACCACCAGGUGCAUUCAUCACGAAUUGA